AUGGCUAUUUCGCAAUUCGAAAAUUUUAAACAAGACUUUGGGCACGUAACCGUUCGUGAAGGGGCCCACAUGUUUUAUUGGUUGUUCCAUACAACUGCAAAUGUAGCAAAUCAUACGGAACGACCACUCAUAGUAUGGCUACAAGGUGGUCCUGGAGGUUCUUCCACCGGAAUUGGUAAUUUCGAAAUACUUGGACCUUUAGAUCUAUCGCUUCAAGAAAGAAAUUAUACUUGGGUGAAGAAUUUCAAUGUUCUCUUUAUUGACAAUCCCGUGGGCACGGGGUUCAGUUACGUGGACGAUUUGAAAUAUUUGACAACGACUAAUGAUGAAAUAGCUUUGGAUUUCGUCGAACUGAUGCGAGGGUUCUAUCGAGCUAAUCCAGAGUUUGAAAGAGUUCCACUUUACAUUUACGGACAGUCGUACGGAGGGAAAAUGGCAAUUGACAUGGGUAUCCGAAUGCAUGAGGCGGAAUUAGCCGGUUCAAUUAGGUCAAAUUUGCGUGGAAUCGCUAUGGGUAACGCAUGGAUCUCACCAGUCGACGCCACUCUAACUUGGGGACCUCUGCUCCUUGCGGCCGGCCUCGUUGAUCAAGCAGGAUAUGAGGACAUACAAAGAAAUGCUCGCGAAGCAGAACGUCUUUUUAAUGAAAAUCAGUUCUACGAAUCUACAAGGCAAUGGGCGGCCACACAACAAGCCGUGUUCAGAAGAACGACAAGGGUCGAUUUUUAUAAUAUACUGACUAAAAUGGAAGUCGCUUUGCCGGAUACGUUUCAAAGCUCUUAUGAAUUUGCAAGAGAUAUGAUGAUUCGUGACAGACAAUACAAGUCGCCUCGUAGUCAAGAGUGGGACCUCUACGAGCUAAUGAAUACCAAAGUUAAAGAUUGGUUGAAGAUUGACAGAAAUAUCACAUGGAGCUCCCUAUCAAAUUCGGUGUUCGAUUACUUAAGAGGAGACUUUAUGAAGCCGGUUACUGAUGGCGUUGAAAAACUCCUAAACGAAACAGAUAUAAUUAUCACUAAAUACAACGGUAACCUUGACCUAAUCUGUGAUACUCCAGGCCAAAUUUUAUGGGUUGAUCGGCUCAAGUGGCCGGGAGCUGAAGGGUACAGGAACGCACCUCGACUGCCUAUCUGGGAGAACGAUCGGCUAGAAGGCUACUACAAGUCCUACGGCAAUUUCAGAUUUUUCUGGAUAAAUAUGGCUGGACAUAGCGUUCCACGGGACAACCCAGAAGGAAGCAAUGCCUUUCUUCGUGACAUGACUUCGUUUGGUUGA